UGUGUGAAAGCAAUUAGUAUGCUGCACACGAUGGGCUUGAGCAUGAUCUAUACACGCAUGCUGGGAUGUGCCUGGCCCUUAGCGCGGAGUUUUUAACCGAACACGCCCCUGCCACCUUGCAAGAUGACUCACAUCCGGUAUUCCGAGUCUUAUCUUUAUGCGUUUCCUAACUCUCAUAGCCCUGCAACGUGUAUCCGGAACACCUUUGAAUCGCCCUUUCAGAAUGCACGCUGGCUCUCUUACUCUCUGCAACUACCAUCAUUCAGAAAAGUUCGAGCAGCCCACCUACUUUUUCGCACCCGACGACGAGAUUCUGAGAGAUUGGCUGGAUACUGAUACCAUAGUCAAUUCCAUCACUGAUCUUUCACCAGUCGACACCUUGAGUGAUCUAACGGACAUAACACCUGAAGAAGAAGAGGAAUUCGAAGGUAAUAACUCUUCGAUGCCGCACAGCAUUCGAAGAGUUCUGGUGCGUCCUUAUCUCCGUCAAACAUGCCAUAACCCGCAACCCACCCUUCCAUAUAGACCCCACCUUUGGAGUGCGAUGAAUCCUCAAGCAGACCUAGAAGCAUACUAUUUGAGUCCUCCAUGCUUUCAAGCCCAGGAAUGCCCUCUUAUUCGCGAUAUCGCUCGGAGUACUUCCAGCCUGCAACACAUCGUGCACGCCAAAGCGUCUCAUCCAUCGCCUCUUCCUCGACAGUAUACACAAAAUCAGCUCCUGCUCCUGUAAAAUCUAUCCUCACUCGACAUGACUCGGGAAUCUCCCUUGCGACGACAACAAAGACAUCCCGCAAGAAAAAGCGGUCCCCUCCGUCGGUGAAGUUUGUUGAAGCACCAACGGUGUAUCAUAGCCAUCGUGACUAUUCACCAAUUCAUUUACCUCCCCAUUCCCCCUUGGCAACUCCGUCAGGUCAGAGCAGAAACAAACCAAGCCGAUGGCUUGCACGGUGGUGGAAACCCACUCCACCUCCGAGACCAAUGAUAUCUGGCCCAUAUAGCCUAGCGCAUACCGCAUCACUGGUCGAUGUGUAUAGCCAUCGUUCCAAACCAACUCAGUGCGGGAGACUGAAGCGGUUC